AUGGCUUCAAUAGCUCCAAAAAGAAACGAGGUUUCUAUAAAAACGCAAUUUGGAAGCAAGAAGAAACUCUCUAUAGGAUUGAGAGGUAACGGCUUCCGUAACAACAAACUUGUCAUCCGCUUGCUUCCUCCGGACUUGCACGAAUCUGAAUUUUUAAACCAAUUAGCCAGUUACUAUCCAUUCCAUGCCUCGAAAGUACUACAGUUUUAUUAUGUAAAAGGAUCGUAUCCUCAAAAGCCGUUUGAACUCCCAGCAUACAGCAGAGCAUACCUCAGCUUCAAAAACGUACCUGACAUGACAGAGUUUAGCAACUAUUUAAGGGAAAAACCAUUUAGUGAUGACACAGACUCAAUUAUACCCAUUAUUGAAAAAUCUUUAUUUCACAAAAUGGUUGGUGCUAAACAAACGACACCUGAUAAUGGUGGUAGUGGUGGCGCCAAAACGAAAUCAACUUUGGCAAAAGAUGAAAUUUAUCAGUAUUUCUUGAGUUUUUUAAACAAAGAAAUUCCCGAUUUCAAUUUGAUCAAGGUUAAAAAGUUAUUGAAGAAGAAACAUAAAGAUGAUCCAAAAGCUAAUGUAAAGGUGAACAAGAAGAAGAAUAAAAAGAAGAAAAAGAAAUUAAAACAAAAGAAGUUGGAAGAGGAUACGCAAAGCAGGGACGCAAAGGGGAAUACGGCUCAAGGCAAGGACGCAAAGGGGAAUACAAAUCAAGGCAAGGACGCAAAGGGGAAUACGACUCAAGGCAAGGACGCAAAGGGGAAUACGACACAAGGCAAGGACGCAAAGGGGAAUACAAAUCAAGGCAAGGACGCAAAGGGGAAUACAAAUCAAGGCAAGGACGCAAAGGGGAAUACGACUCAAGGCAAGGACGCAAAGGGGAAUACAAAUCAAGGCAAGGAUGCAAAGGGGAAUACAAAUCAAGGCAAGGACGCAAAUGGUGAUACAACUCAAGGCAAGGAUGCAAAGGGGAAGACCAAAAAAAAUGUUACAAAAGCUAGUAAUCCGGAAGACGAGUCUGCCAAUAUCGCUAAAAAGAGGAAACUCAAAAAACCCAAAAAAAAGAAAGAGGUUGAAGUAGAUGCCACUAAAACUGCUUCUUCUGUGGAGGGGAAUAAACCUCUGCGACUGAAGAAGAAUCGAGCUCUAAAAAAGGAAAAGGCCGAAGCCUCCAAAGGGAACAAGAAUGAAUCUUCACAAAUUAACCAACACAAUUCUACAAAACCGGUUCCAAUAAAACCAAUGAAGAUUCUUACUACGAGAGACGAAAAAACUGGUUGA